CAAUUGUUUUAUUGAUUAAUGAUUACAUUUAUGAAUUGUUAUUAACGGUUAAAAGAAAUAUAAUUUGUGUGGUUUUAAAAAAAGAUUACGUGACACUAAUCGUGCCCGACUUUGUGCCAGUCUCUAGCUGUCAGAACCAAUAUCUAGCCAGGCACCAAGGUUACAUUGGAGUUGACAAAAAUGAAAGUUGGGAGAAGGACCAUAAGGAUGACUGGGAAAGUGGUGCUUCUGAUUCUCUUGAUAAUUGCCAACCAAGUCUUGAAUGUUGGUUGUAGCAGACGGUUGCAAGGGCAAAUUAGGCUAAGUAACGGCACAGAGGUCUCGGAAGCAAGAGAUCCUGGCUCGCCUUCUGGGCCAUCUAAUUGCACUUACGUGCCCGGUGGUGGUGGCAAUAACGGUGGGCAUCAUUGUAAAAUUCAUGGGUGAUGGUUGUUUUUUAUUUUUAUUCGAUCUGUGUGGUUAAUAUAUUUCAAGGUUCCCCUAUGUUUGCUGGGAAAAAUAAAAUUCCAGCAAUUGCUGUAUAUAUUUGCUUGAUGUUUGAAGGAGAAUGCUAUAGUUGUUUUCAUUUCUUUUCUUUUUUUGGUAAUUAGUACACUGUUAUAAUCAUCUCCAUUCUCCAGUACUGCAAGUGCCAAAUCCCAAUCAUUUGUGAUGCAAUGAUGUUCCUCAAUUGAAAAAAGAGGCAUAUUACUG